AUGUUUGCUAAAUCAAUCUGCAAAAACGCUAUCUCAAAAACUUCUAUGAGGUCUGGAUCAAAAGCUGUGCUUGGAGCUGUACCAGCUCAAAGAAGUCUGGCCAGAGCUGUUAUUAACUCUUCAAGAGCAUUCUCUACUUCUGCAGCUGCUGCCAAGCUUGCUAAGAUUUUGGACAAGGAACUUCAGUAUGAGCAAGACAACUAUGCUGAGCUAGAAGAUACAGCCGCCUUCCUUGAUGAAAGCGGUUUCGAGUUCUUCGAAGAUGAAGAUGGUCUCAACUGCUAUCUUAGAAAAGAAGUUGAUGGAAGAAAUAUUGAAGUCCAAUUCCAAGCAAGACAGCCUCCACUUGAUCAUGAGGAUCAAGAAGAAGAGAUUCCAGAAGAGAUGCAAGAUUACUAUAAUGAAGCCGAUACUUGUGACUUCAAUGUAUUUAUCUACAGAAAUGGAUCUGAAGAUGGUCUCGUGUUUGACUGCACCACUGCAGAGACUGAAAUUACAAUUACUAACAUCAUGCAUACUAAUGAAAUCAGCAAAAUGAGAGACAUGCACAGGUAUGAGAGAAGCUUCAAUUACUACAAUGGACCUGAGUUCUCCUCCCUUGAUGAGAGACUUCAGGCAGGUCUCUCAGAGUUCCUUCAAGGACAUGGGAUCAAUGAGCACUUAGCAGCUUUCGUCGAAGUUAUGUCAAUCGAUAAGGACAACAGGCUCUACAUAAAUUGGUUAGAAGAUAUGAAGACAUUUGUUAACCCAUAA